CAACACAACACUGUAUCUAGUGUAUAAUUUCCAAAUUGCUUAGAUUCUUUACUAUCUACUUACAUAGUGAGACGAGGCUUCAUCACUCAAGUGAACCUCUAUGUUUAUUGAGAGGCUUGAAACAACCAAAUACCAAACAUCUUUCGCCAUUCAAGAGAGGCAGAACUAUCUAUCGCUGGAAGUCUAGAUCAUCUGUGUUGAGCUUUAAGACAACAAGUCUCUUACGGAUUUGACAUAUCAUUAUCCUUUGCCUUCGCAAUAUUCGGAAGCUCUAAUUGCACAAGUAAGCAAUGUUGCGGACAACCACAUGCUUUCAAUAGUUUGAUCAGCUUGGGUAUGAUGCUAUUCAUGGAUUAUACCAAGAAUUCAUCGAGAUGAAUCUAGUUCACGAUUUUGAUUCCCCUCCGGAGUGCGAAUAGACGGAUAGUGUUGUCUGUUUGUUGAUGUCCUUCAAAUUCUUCAUGAGCCUCUUACCCUUAUUUCAUCAUUACGCAAAUUUAAUACCUUCGGUUCUCUGUUUACCCACACAAGAUGUUGAAGCUAAUCAGUUCCUCAAGACCUGCUUCUCUACGCACUCUCGCGUCUAGAGCUUCAGCUUUCUUGUUGGAUUGGACUCCGUUCCUCCUAAUUAUUUCCUAUUUCAUAUUCUCAACAUGUCUUUACAUGUUUUGUACGCCAAAGCUGAUAGAGAUUUUCUGGCUGAUCUAUCUUUCCACGAAUUCCUACACAGCAGCUAUGAACGUCAUGGAAGCCAUAUGUAGUCUAAAGCCUAACAGAAUUGCAAGGAAAGCACUCUAUGACGUGGAAGAAAAUGGAUGGAAAUUUCCUACACCCGAUGAUCAACUCUUGAUACUGGAUCUUGUUAUCGUCGCAUAUCUUCCCAACGAGCAAGAUAUCAUCAUGGAUAGGAUUCACUAUGCUUUGGAUCAUAUCGUAUAUCCAGCAGAUAAGAUUCGGAUCAACGUACUGUACAAUACGCCCAAACCUAUCGAGCCCGUUGAAUCUGAAAUGAACAACCUCGCUGCGAAAAUUGACCGAUUGAGAAUAAUCAAAGUACCAGACUCAACUUCCAAAGCACACAAUCUUAAUUACUUCUUUACCCUAUAUACCGGAGCACAAAUCAUCGCCUUGUAUGAUUGUGAUCAUUAUUCCCAUCCUUAUGGGCCGCGAUUGGCAGUCGAGCGGUUUCUAGCCGAUGAAGAAGUCGAUUGCGUUCAAGGACGAUGUGUAAUUCAGAAUUCCAAGGCCACAUUCCUGACAGGUAUGAUCGCGGUAGAAUUCGACAAGAUCUAUGCUACAUCACAUCCCGGCCGAGCUGCAUUAUUCGGAUAUGGUCUAUUCACCGGUAAAUAUACCUCAUCCGGCCUCCUCUUCCCCGCAAGACCCAUAUUUCACAAUAUACAUCCCCUCUAGCAUCUCUAACAACCCUAUAGGAUCCAACGGCUACUGGCGCGCGAAUCUCCUCCGCGAUCUAAAAAUGGACGCAAGCAUGUUAACAGAAGACAUUGACUCCGCACUGCGCGCCCUAGAACAAGGCGCAACCUGCAUCCACGAACCGAACGUGAUAUCCUACGAACUAGCCCCCACAACCUUCCGCUCAUUUCUCAAACAGCGACUCCGGUGGGCCCAAGGCUGGACCCAAGCAAGCUAUCGACACUGCGUCCUCGCGUACAAAAAAUCACCACACAAGAAACGGAAUCUCCUCACCCGCUUUGGUCUCCUCUCUUUACUGUUAAUUCGCGAAUUGAGCUAUUAUCUAGUAUCGCAAUAUACAUGUCUCAUGCUCAGUUUCCUCAUCACUGGAUUUCCAAAAACAGGCACCCAGUUGAAAAAUCUUAUUUUCUUUGAAUUUCCGGCUUCGGAAUGGUUAUUUAUUAUCGGGUACGUAUACGUGAACUAAACAUACCCAUCUUCCUUCCUUCCUCCAUUCCUUCCUUCCUAUCAUACUCAUCCCAGCUCAUCGCAUCCCAACCCUCCCCAAAGCACAAACACACCACUAACCCUUCCCCCCCUCUCCCAGAACCCUCUGCCUAAUCGGCAGUCUCGCAAUAACCUAUUUCGUCCUCUCCGAAUUCAUAACUAAACGCAUGAUGCUCAAAUUUACGCUUCUGUAUCCCUUCUAUCUGAUUCUAGGAAGUUGUAUUGGUCUGUAUGGACAUUUUCGACAGAUUGUCCGGUAUUCGGCUUGGAAUGCUACAGUGAGGUCUUGAGGUCUUGAGGUGUGGGAGGGAUAUUUGGAAGAGGGGAAGGGGAGGGGGAUAUCGAGAUCUUGUAGUUUUAUUUUCGUAUAGAUAUACAUCAUACAUACAUAGCAUGGCGUAUAAUAAGUUUGUUAUUCUAUUUAGGGGAAUUUUUUUGGGCUCUGAUAUGGUGGUGGUGGUGAUGAUAGUCUUUGGGGCGGGGUU